CCCGUGUUUUUUCCCUUGCGCUCUUCUCCUAUUUGAAGAGGUUCCAGCUGGCAUAUUUAAAUUAUUCAUAUUAAACUUAAACCUGCUGGUUAAGUAAUAUUGUACUUUUGUAAUUAAGUUAGAUUGGUAUAUAUUGCCAAGAUACAUAGAUUACAGUUGUACUAACUUUGUAAGCUAACUUGAGAACUAAAAUUAUAAAUUAUUAUUGUUAGAUUGCACAAAUUCCUUAUCGCAGUUGCAACCCCCCAAUUUUAAUAGAGAAGGUUCAUUAUUAUGUCUUACGAUAGAUAUAACUACCAACCUAAUUUUAAACCAGUAGAUCACCUAUUUGAUGAUAGAUUGCGUCAAUUCACUGAUGGUGGAGGUCAGUUUCAUGAUUUAAAUUUACCUAAAUUUUAUUACCUUGAAAAGAUAGGUAUUGGAGGAUUAAAAUCUUGGAGAGUUCCAGAUGUUGAUGGUAAAACUGCUAGACCACUUUUUAAAGAUAUUGAUUUUGAUAAUCUUGAAUGGGAGAAUAUUGGUCCUGGUUAUUCAUUUGGUCCAUCAUGGAAAUCUUUUUGGGUUAAACUUGAAAUUGAAAUUCCUGAACAUUGGUUAAGUCAUGAAAUUAUUGAAAUUGAUUGGGAUUCAAGUUCUGAAGCUCUUAUUUAUGAUCAUAAGGGAUUACCUUUACAAGCUUUUACUGGUGGAGAAAGAAAUUUAUUUAGAAUUCCUCAUAAAUAUAGAGUUACCGAUCGUCAAACUUUUUAUAUUGAAGUGGCAUGUAAUGGAAUGUUUGGUAAUGGUGCAGAUGGUCAUCCAGAUCCUAAUAGAUAUUUCCGAUUAAAUCAUGCUGAUUUGGGAUUACCUAAUAUGGAAGCCAGAAGAUUAUUUUGGGAUUUUUGGAUUCUUGGUGAUGCUGCAAGAGAAUUUCCAGGUGGAAGAUGGGAAAAAUAUCAAGCUGCUGAUGUAUGUACUAAAAUAAUGGAUGCAUUUGAUCCUGAUGAUGUUAAAUCUGUUGCAACUGGUAGAAAAUUAGCUCAAAAAUUAUUGGGUACUAAAGUUGAUUCAGAAUUAGUAUUUGAUGAAUUUGCUAAUAAUGAAAUUAGAAGAAUUGAUGUAUAUGGUAUAGGUAAUUGUCAUAUUGAUACAGCUUGGGAAUGGCCAUUUGCUGAAACAAAGAGGAAAAUUGUUAGAUCUUGGACUACUCAAUUAAGACUUGCUGAUGAUUAUCCUGAAUAUGUCUUUGUAGCAUCUCAAAUGCAACAAUUUAAAUGGUUAAAACAAUAUCAUCCUGAAAUUUAUUCUCUUGUUAAAGAAAAGUAUACAACUAAUCAAUUUUUACCAAUUGGAGGAUCUUGGGUUGAAAAUGAUACAAAUUUACCUAAUGGAGAAUCUCUUCUUAGACAAUUUCUUUUGGGUCAAAGAUAUCAAUUCAAUGAAUUUGGAUUUUAUUCAAAUAUCUUUUGGUUACCUGAUACAUUUGGAUAUUCUUCCCAAAUUCCUCAGAUUUGUCAAUUAGUUGGGAUUUCUCGUUUCCUUACUCAAAAAUUAUCUUGGAAUAAUAUUAAUCAAUUUCCAUUAUCUACUUUUAAUUGGAAAGGUUUGGAUGGUUCUCAAGUAUUAGUUCAUAUGCCUCCAGCUAAUACUUAUACUGCAGGUGCUCAUUUUGGAGAUGUAGUUAGAUCUCAGCAACAACAUAAGAAUUUAAGAGAUAUUCCAACUGGAUUAUUAUUGUUCGGUCAUGGUGAUGGAGGAGGUGGUCCAACAGAAGAAAUGAUUGAAAAAUUAAGAAGAUGUAGAGGUUUAUCUAAUACUGCUGGUGGAUUAAUGCCUACGGUUCAUUUAGGUAAUACUGUUGAUGAUUUUUAUGAAGAAGUAUUAGCUAAAUCAAAUAAUGGAGCUGAUUUACCAACUUGGGUUGGAGAAAUGUAUUUAGAAUAUCAUAGAGGUACUUAUACUACUCAAGCUCGUAUCAAGAGAUUUAUGAGAUAUGGAGAAGUUAAAUUACAUGAUGUAGAAUUGGUUACUGCUUUAGCUUCAAUUAAAUCUAAACAUUAUAAGUAUCCAGCAGAAAAGAUACUUGCCUUAUGGGAAGAUUUAUGUCUUUGUCAAUUUCAUGAUGUUGUUCCUGGUAGUUGUAUCGGAAUGGUUUAUUAUGAUGAAGUUUAUCCAAUGUUGGAUGAAUUGGUGGCUAAUGCUGAUAAGUUAAUUGAUGAAGCUUUAGAAGUACUUGGAGGUAAAUCAACUAUCAAUCUUGAUAACUUGACUUUCUUUAAUACUUUACCUUGGAAUAGAAAUAAUGAAUUAUUAGAAAUUUCUCAAACUCAACAACCUGAGUUAUAUCAAUUAAUUUCAAAUGAUCAAGUAUCUGUUAGGGAUGUAUAUGAAAAGGAUACUAAAUUAGUUUCAGUAUCAACUAAUGAUGAAGGGAAACUUAAAUUGAAUUCUAUUGAAGAUAUUAAAUAUCCUGCUAGUGUAACUCAAACUUCAGAUGGUCAAUUCAUUCUCUCUAAUGAAUUGAUUAAAGCUACAAUCUCUUCCACCGGUAUUAUUACUUCUUUAUAUGAUAUUGUUAAUGAUCGUGAAGUUAUUGCUACUGAAUCUACCAAACAAACUGGUGAUGGUAUUGUGGGAGGUAAUCAAUACUUAAUCUUUGAUGAUGAACCAUUGAACUUCCCUGCUUGGGAUACAGAAUUAUACUCUUUAAAUAAAUUUAAAUUAUUGAGUGGAGGUGAAGUUACCGUCCUAUCAAAUAAUAAAUUAAAGAGUUCUAUUUUGGUAAAAAUCAAGAUUUCCGACAGAUCAUAUCUUGAAACUGAAAUAUCUAUUCAAGGUUUAUUGGCCAGUAAACCAGAUGAUCAAGACUUUAAUUACAUUAAGUUUAAGACAUUUGUUAGAUGGCAUGAAAAGUAUAAGUUCUUGAAAGUUCAAUUUCCUACCACAGUUUAUACUGCAACUCAAGCAAAUUAUGAAACUCAAUUUGGGGUUACUCAAAGACCAACACAUUGGAAUACAAGUUGGGAAACUGCUAAAUUUGAAGUUGCUCAUCAUAAAUUUAUGGAUUUAAGUGAAUUUAACUAUGGUGUUUCAGUUAUUAAUAGUUCCAAAUAUGGAGGUGCUAUUCAUGGUAAUUUAAUUAGAUUAUCUUUAUUAAGGAGUCCAAAAGCUCCAGAUGAUCAAGCUGAUAUGGGUGAUCAUACUUUUGAAUAUGCUUUAUAUCCUCAUAAAGGAUAUUUAGGUUCAGAUACCGUUAAGUUAGGUUAUAAUUUUAAUUAUAAGAUUGAAAAGCAUUUAUUUGAAGAUCCAGCUAGUUCUUUUAGUAAAUUAAUUAAUUCAAUUAAAUUAGAAGCUCCUGAAAAUUUAAUCUUAUCUCAUAUUAAAAGAGGUGAAAAUGAUUAUGAUGUUAAUCAAUACGAAGCCUAUAAAACCCAAUCUACUGAAAAAUCUAUUGUGCUUAGAAUUUAUGAAUCUUUAGGAGGUGCCACUUCUGGACUUUUGAAAUUUGGCCCAAUAUUGAAAGUUGCUAAAGUAUUUAAAACCAAUGGGUUAGAAGAAGAAGGAGUUGAAGUUGAAUUCAAUGAUAAAUAUGAAUUACCAAUCAGUUUGAAAGCCUUUGAUGUUGUUACUUACAAAGUGGUAUUGAAAGAUUAGAAGAUUAUUGAACUGAGAAAUCAAUGUUCUCUAUUUGGUUAGCCUUAGUUUAGUGUUUGUUUAGUUUGUUUUUUACGUUUUAUAUACAUUUGAAAAAGAAAGUACAAAAAAGUAUGAAUUUAAAUAUACGUUUGUUCGUAAUUGGCUUGCGCUUAAAGUAACUGUCAUGACAAUUGAAGAGCUCAAUUAUUCUGCAAUUGACAUUUCGUUGAAGAGAUAUUCCAUAUUUUGAAAUAGAAAAUUGCUCAGAUGAUCACAGUUAAAAAAUUGCAAAAGAAAU